CUUUCUUUUCUCCCUUCCCUUUUGUCUCCCACUCUAUAACAACAAAGCAUUUCUUCGCCCUGCAGGACCACAGCCUUUUCCCCGUUGUUUCUCGUCUUGAUAUCUAUCCGCAUCCGGCGCCUGUUUUCACUGCCCGCUUACAACCCACCAAAAAGAUCCCCUCCCCCCGGCUGAGUUGUCAGCAUACAAACUUGACCUCGUCCCACGCAAUCCCGUCCACUAUUUCCCUCCGUCCUCCACCCUCUUCCCCAUCGACUAUUGACAUCCGUAUUUGUGUGGACAAACGACCUACCUACCUCAGCAACCAUGGAGUCUUUCGGAGCUCUCAAGCGUCGGACGACCGAGAUCCUACAAUCCCUUCCCCAGAACCUUCCCGCCAUGCCGAACAUACCCAACGUGAAGAGACCGUCUCUGUCGAGCGGCAAAGGCCCAAAAGCUAUGAAGGCCACAUGGGAGCGAAUCGACGUCCCGCCCCUCGCCCGUUCCUCCCACACCGUCAGCGUCGUCAACGGUUCUGCCUACGUCUUCGGCGGCGAGAUCAACCCUCGGGAGCCUGUCGACAAUGAUGUCCAUGUCAUCAGACUGCCUUACAACAGUGCAGGCGCUGAUUACUACAAGAUCAAGUCCGCCCCGACGAAGCAAUACAUCCCGCCCAUCGAGAAGAAAACCGACGAGACGGUUGAGGAGCCGGCCGAGGAGCCGGCCGACGCCCCGAACGUCGCGGAAAAGGCCGCGCUGAAGGAACAGCUCCUUGACGAGGUUUCCCUUGCCUCUCCGGGCGUCGCAGGAGACGAAGAAGAUUUGUCCGCCGAGACCGGCGCGGGAAGCACAUCCUCGGAUCCUGUCUUGGACAAAGGCAAAGGCCCGGCUCUUGCCGAAACUUCCUCUUUUGGCGAUGUACCGUCUCCCCGUGUCGGCCAUGCCACCGCCGUCAUUGGGAGUCGCAUCUUCCUCUAUGGAGGUCGCGGAGGACCCGAUAUGAAACCCCUCGAAGAGGGUGGUCGCGUCUGGGUCUUUGACACCCGUAUCAAUACUUGGUCCUUCCUCGAUCCUGUGCCACCCGCUCCCGGAGUGACCAUCUUGCCGAUGCCCUCGGCGCGCAGCUACCACUCAGCCGCCGCGACUGAUCGUCCUCGCGACUUUGCUCCCAAGCACGCGCGUGGCAAGCAAACCUGGAGGGCCUGGGCCCAAGGCGACAGCGCCGAGGUGGGCAUUCCUCAAGCUCCCAUUGUUGGCCACGCUGCCGUCAAUGCCACGGACGAAGAGGAUGAUGGCUAUGGCACUUUCUUCGUGCAUGCCGGUUGCCUGGCGAGCGGCGAGCGCACUAAUGACCUUUGGGCCUUCGACGUGCGGUCCCGAGUGUGGAGCCAGCUGCCCUCGGCGCCCGGACCGGCGCGUGGUGGCGCCGCCAUCACAAUCAGCAAGAGCCGGCUAUUUCGGUUCGGCGGCUUUGAUGGCAAAGCUGAGAUUGGCGGACAGCUUGAUUUUAUACACCUUGAGAUGGAUACCUUCGACGACGGUGUUUCCAAGGGUGAAAUCGCAGUCCACGGCCGUGGCGGUUGGCAGAGCAUUGUCCAGGGUGCCAACUCUGGCGAGCAGGAAAUCCACCUCAUUCCGGGUCAGACGUGGCCUGGAAACAGAAGUGUGGCGGGUCUCGAGGCCGUCACCGUUGGUGCCGGACGCGAGUACUUGUUGCUCAUCAUGGGUGAGCGCGAACCCAGCUCGGAUGGUCACUCCGGCGCCGGCUCCAUGUGGGACGAUGUCUGGGCUUUCCAGGUACCGCCUAUCGGCAUGACCGCUGCUAGCGUGCGGGAUGCUAUGUUGCAGGCCAUUGGUCGGCCGACGGGUGAGGGCAAGUGGACAAGACUCGUGACGGAGCCGUAUGAUGAUGACAACGAUGAUGGUGAGCCAGCGCCGCGCGGUUGGUUUGCAACAGCACCAAUGGGGGAUGUGGAGGAGGCUGGUGUUGUUAUCUGGGGAGGACUGAGCUCUGAGAACAAGAGACUGAAAGACGGUUGGAUUUUGAGGAUCCCCGAGUGAGAUAUUUUCUGGAAACCCGACUCUGCUUGACGCAUUUUCGCUUCAUACCCCCCCAUUCAAACACCACAUAUUUGAGCGCAUAGCAAAACCAUCACAUUUAAACCAAAGGAAUACAAGCAAGUAUCCUCGGUCGGGCAC